UGGAAGCGUAGCGCCCUAGCGAGACUCUGAAAAUGUGGAAUAUUUUUUCCUAACACAGUGAUUUCAGACCUCGCUAAUACAUGGGUAGUUAGAUGAGGCCACUGUUUAUGUCUAUUUUAUUAAUAAAUUAGGUCAGAUCAUACUGAUCGGAAGGAAUAUUUGUGUGAUAAUGGAUCCACCGAGGUAAAUGAUUCUAUUCUCGACUCGAUCAAACACAUUGAUAACAUUCUUUGUGAGUUUCUGUUCGUCUUUGUUUUCGAUCGAAGGUGCAUUUUUGUUGGACUAACCUCAAACAUGGCGGCUACUCAGUUCUCGAGACUUGGAUCUCCGAGUUCUCUUAUCGUGCUAGUGGCCAUUGUAAUAUGUAUUCUCAGUCUGUUAGAUUAUGGCCACUGCGUGAGCAGUAACCAGUACACAAAGGAGUCGGAAUACGUUGCCACCCACGGAAAAUGUGAAAAAAUAAAUAUUCCAUUGUGCAAAGAUAUACAAUACAAUGAGACCAUUAUGCCCAAUUUAUUGGGGCACCAGAAACAGGACGACGCAGGCCUUGAGGUGCACCAGUUUUUUCCUUUGGUUAAAGUUCAAUGCAGUAAACAGCUCAAAUUCUUCUUAUGUACCAUGUACGUUCCAGUGUGUACGGUCCUGGAAGAGGCUAUCCCACCUUGUCGGUCCUUAUGCAAUGAGGCAAAAACUGGUUGCGAGGCUCUUAUGAACAAGUUUGGCUUCGAAUGGCCAGAAACACUCAAAUGUGAACAAUUUCCCGUGACUGGAUUAUGCGUUGGCGAGAAUAACACUGAUACUCCUACUGAGUCCAACAAAUACCCAUCUGGAGGACAAGCCAGUACUACCACGCCUGGCAAAAUCUUUGGUUCGGCUGCCUCAACAGACAAACGAUUUCCUGAACUUGGAUUUCCUGAUCUUGGAUUUCAUUGUCCAUCUGUGUUGACGGUUCCUGUUGGACUUGAUUACCAUUUAAAAGUUGGCGAUGAAAUUGUGAAGAACUGUGGUGCACCAUGCUAUGAUAUGUUCUUUGAUGGCCAUGAACGUGACUUUGCCAAGUGGUGGAUUGGUAUUUGGUCAUGUAUCUGUUUGGCGUCUACACUCUUCACUGUUCUAACCUUUCUUAUAGAUAUGCAGAGAUUCCGAUAUCCAGAGCGACCCAUCAUAUUUCUAUCAGGCUGUUACUUCAUGGUGGCUAUGGCUUAUGUUGUUGGCUUUGCUCUUAGAGAAAAAAUCUCAUGCAUUGAUAAUGUAGACCCACCCAAUACAAACACAGAUAAGAAAUCAAUGCUUCCACUAGUAACUCAGGGCACCAAAAAGGAGGGCUGCACAGUCUUGUUCAUGAUGCUGUAUUUUUUCAGCAUGGCCAGUUCCAUCUGGUGGGUCAUUUUAACCCUAACUUGGUUCCUAGCAGCUGGAAUGAAAUGGGGUCAUGAAGCCAUUGAAGCCAAUUCUCAGUAUUUCCACUUGGCUGCAUGGGCUGUUCCAGCAAUUAAAACUAUUGCCAUACUUGCCAUGGGGCAAGUCGAUGGUGAUGUGCUCAGUGGUGUGUGCUACACUGGAAUUUUUGAUGUGGAUGCUCUGCGAGGAUUCGUUCUGGCACCACUGGUUGUGUAUCUUAUUAUAGGAACAUCUUUCUUACUUGCAGGAUUUGUCUCACUUUUCCGUAUUCGCACAAUCAUGAAGAGUGAUGGAACCAAAACAGAUAAACUUGAGAAACUGAUGGUGCGCAUUGGAAUAUUCUCUGUUCUCUACACAGUCCCUGCUACUAUUGUCAUUGCUUGCUACUUUUAUGAGCAAGCUUUCAGAGACAAGUGGAUGUUGACCUGGCACAGCCAGACUUGCACUUUAUUUCGUACCAAUUGCCCAAGUGGUGUCACAUCAAAGCCCUGGCCAGAUUUCAAUGUUUUCAUGAUCAAAUACCUUAUGACUGUGAUUGUAGGCAUCACCUCUGGAGUGUGGAUUUGGACUGGUAAAACCUUCCAUUCCUGGAGGACUUUCUCCAGUCGCAUAUUUGUGCGAAGAAAUAAUGAAUCUGUGGUGUAGUUUAAUUAGUGAAUUUAUUUGUGUGUGAAAUUGUGUAUCAGAUCACUUGAGAAUAAAAAUGCUUUAAAAUGUACUGUCAAAAAUGUGUGUAGAUAUGUGACUUCUUGGAUUAUGCUAUUACAAAUUCACUAAUAUAUUUGUAGAGAGGAUUUAUUUUCUGAAAGUAUUGGAUUAUUUAUAAUGUUUUGGACCAAGAAAAAAAUAAUGUAGUGACUGGUUCUGAGUUCAAGAACAUCUGUUAGUGACUUAUUUGGAUUGUGUUUAGUACAUUGAUUCACAUUUGUAUGCUUCUUUUGUAGAUAAUGUGUUGAUUGUUGGAAGUCAUUUGUCAGUAAAAUGAAACAUAUUUUUAAUCUUUAGAUAAGGAAGCAUACUCUUGUGUAAUUAUUUUUGAAGUCACCAUAUAUAUUACAUUUGCUUGGACUAGAAUUAUGAGUGAGAACUGUACAAAGCAUUUCAUUGGAUGAAAGGAAACCAGACAAUUUCAGCAAAGAGUGAGAAUAUUGGAUCUUUAUGUAUAUUUUGUGUUAAAAUGGAAUAUUAACUUUUAGCACCAUAAAGUACAAAACUCUCUUUAGUAACUUACAAUUUACAUUUUAGUAGUGCUGUCCAAAAAGUAAAUUUUUUUAGUUCUCAUAUUUCAUUUUGCUAUUUUAAUGAUCCUAGAAAACAUGUGCAUGCUUAAUGUUGAUCAAGAUGGAGACUUUUUAACAAAACAAUGUCUUCUUACACAUUGACUCCUUGUCAUGCAAACAUCAAUUGUGUUAGUAUGACAUCAUUUUGACCCACAUUAGGGAAAAACAAUCUGCAGUUAAUGCUUUGUUUAAAAUGAACAUUAUACAACAAACUAUAAUUCAUACUAACAUUAGAUACAUUUUUUUUCCAGGAGCAUGUAUGUUUUUUUUUUGUUUUUUUUUAUUUUUAUUUAUGUUAAUUUUAAAAGAUUUUGUGGCUGCUAAUUUUUUUUUCAAUGUAAUUUUCACGUGCAUGGCAGGUAAGUUUGCAUUCAUAGACAAUGCCAAAUAAUGGUCAUCUACCUCAAUAUUAGCCUUUGAAACAACUUUGAUUAGGUGACAGUAACUAAGCUUAUAUUGUGAUAUUUAUUGUUGACACACAAUGCUUUUUUUUUUUUU